AACUGAGCAGCGGUGCGACAUCCUGCCCACUAAGAGCGGCUUAUUGCUACUGUAGUUACCUACUCAUCACAGUCCUGCUCGCAACUGUGACACCCAACUUGACCUGAUGUAAUCCUCAAAGUCAUUUUUGCUUCGGACGACAAGGUCUCGACUGAUCACUUCAUCUCUCCUCGUCCUCUGGAGCGCUCAUCCUCUGGCGCGACAGCAGCCUCAGCGCGCUGCCCCGAGUCAAGGCGCUACAAGAAGUGAACGUUGCGGCGAGACGGCGUCUGUGGGAGGCUUCUGUGAAUGACAAGCUGCUCACGGCGAGGUGGAGAGAAGCGAUAAGAAGAAGAAAAAAACAAAAAACCCUGCAAGGAGAAGCUCCAGCGACGAAGUCCCGGUUUUGUUUACCCUGAACCGGAGCACGGAGGAGCGCCGCUGCGUAUUUGAGUUUUUACGCACAACUGGAAAAGAGCGAACUGGGGGCGUCCGUCUGUCACCACCAUGUCCGCGGCAACAGCUUCCAUAGCAGAUGUGUCCAGAACUGAUCUUACAAACAGAGAUGGCAGCCGGAGAAACUCAGGUCAUCCCCGGACUCAGUGCAUGCCCAUCCCCUUGCCGGCUCUGGGCACCCAAAAGAUCAUCCAGGGCAAUGGCACUAAUGUGGGCACAGUCAUUUCCCUACAGUGUCCAGCCACACACAAACUGAUGGGCAGUGAGGUGAAAUGUGUCAUGGACACCAACAGCACCCACUGGGUGGGGGAGACCUACUGUAAACCUCUGUCUCGCUUUGAGGACUAUGGUUUCCGUGUGGCUGUCCUGGCGUCCAUUGUGAGCUCCGCUAUAAUCUUUUUCAUGUCUGUGGCCUUCAUCACCUGCUGUUUGCUCGACUGCAUCAAAGAGGACAAAAGGAAAAAGCAGGAGAGCGAGUCAGAUUACUGGCAAUGGGAGGAGCAGGCCCAGCAUCACGAGAGCAGGUCCCGCUACAGUCGAAACAACAACAACAACAACGCCCAGGAGAAGCCGCCUUCUCUGUGGGACACCGGUAACCCAGCCCUGUGUGACAACAUGAGAUCCUGCAGAUGUCAGCAGCAGUACGCCUAUGGUUCUGCCUGCGCCUUCGGCCCCACGCCUCCGCUUGCCCCUCUUCCCGGACACAACUAUGACCAGCCUCUCUUACCCCGAAACCCAGAACCUGGUCCACCUCAGUACCCCGGACCUCCUGUGUCCCCCAGCGAAACUGCAAGCUCAGACCUGGUCCAGAUCUCGGCUGUGGGAUCUGGUUUGGUGUGGCAGUACGGAGGGCAGCAGAGCGGUUCAUCAGGGGGAAACCCAUCUGCCACUGAUGAGUCCGGCAUCAGAGACAUGAACGCAAACAGGAAUGUAAACGUCAAAGAGUUUUCCAUAAGGAUUAUAUCAGUGUGAGGACACACAGGAUGUGAAUACCUUAAGUUAAGAACUUGUUUACAGGACAGAUCUGUAAAACCUUGUUAACUAUAAAACAAUGCAAUGCUACACAGUGUAAAGGCUCUAUAUACAAACUGAUCUGACAGACUAACUGUAUGUGCCUUUAUGUAAACUGUGAUGAUGCACUGCCCUCUGUCUGCAUAGGGGAGCCAUUGCACUUUCAGGACUUGAUGUGGAUGACGCCCCCUUGUAAUGCAGAGGUCAAGAGAUUUGUGCUGUUGGGGUCAUUACACUUGUAUAGCUUACAAUAUGUUGUGGACAUUUGAGGACGUUGUCUUGAAAUUCCACCUUUGCUGGACAAGCAGAGCAGCUGGAAAACAUUGACCAACAUGUAAAUAUUAACUUUAAGGAAUCUAAAUAAAGGAGAGACUUCUACUAAUACUGAGUGACAUGUUGAAGUGGGGACAGUUCAACAGUGUAGAUGUCUUUGUGCAACAAAACAUUAGGAGGUGAGCAUUGUUCAAAUGGGACACCUGGCAAAGUUGGGACAGUUAAGCUUUGCAAUGAGUAUCUUUUCAGGGGAUACCUAAAAUAACCUCAAACCAGUAUUAUGUGUUGUUGAAAAAGAAUUUGAUUUAAAAAAAAUAAAAUUAAUUAAA